AUGGCAGAUCCAAUUUCUCUUACUGCAGGACUUUUGUCGUUAAUUACAUUUGCGUUUGGGGCAUGUCAGUCACUUUUUCAAGCAGUUGAAGGGUUCCAAAAUCAACCUAAAGACAUAUUCCAACUCAAAAGUCAACUCCAAUCCCUCAAAGAAGUUCUGUCCAAGUUGCUCACCCUUUCAACUGACCCUAAUGCCGAUAAUGAUACUGAUCUAGCUGGGUUGAAACCUCCGCUGCUUGGGUGCGGUGAGGCCUGCAAAGAUUUAGAGACACUCAUCAAGAAAUGCAUCAAACACUCAACGGAGGCUAAACCAAGCGUCCGAGAUUGGGCAAGGUUGAAAGUUCAUGGGGAUCGUAUAAAGAGUGUUCAAACUGCCCUGUCUAUGUACAAAGCGACAAUUGGUUUAGCUGUUGGCGCUGCAACACUACGCACUACCAGAGUUACCAAGCAGGCUUUAGACGAAUAUAAUGCUCUUAUUAUUCGAACAACAAAAGACUUGAAAGAUCACCUGAAUCACGUUGAAAUCCGGCUGCAAAAUUUACCUUUGCAAGAUAUCACUGGCCCUGGUGCAGAAGAGAAUGAGCUACAGAGAUUAUUAAAAGAAAAGCACCGAACGGACCAGUGUCUUCAUAUUUGUCAACAGAUCUCGGAGUCGAUAAACUGUGGACAGUCUGCUCUUGUUAUGAAAGAGUCUUGUCCUCCUGGAAACAUGCACUAUACCGCAACUACGACACUUGAAGAUAGAUCUACUGCAGAUGAAAUGACGUUUCGCUUUCUGAGCAAAUGCUCAAUGAGUACAAGGGAGGCAGAAUUAAAACUUGAACGACGCCUUCAUUUCAUACAGGACAAACUCAAAAGUUUCCCAGCGGAUGUCGUGAAUAAACUUGAUGAAACAAUUACUGAAUGUUGCUAUCAAGAAGGACAGAAAGAUGCUCUUACAGGAUGUUUGUCUAUCUGUGAGGAUGCUGCACGGGUGUCAGACCAAGCUAGAACCAAUGUCUUUGAGGAUAUUUACGCUGCAAAAAAGGCGAAGCAAGUAGUCAUAUCAGACGUGGGAGACCUUAUUUCGGCAAAAAGAGUAAGAGCGGGCCCAAAUUCGAGACAAUACCUUGGGCAGAUAUCAAAUCCGGCGGUACUACAUCUUGACUCGGACGCUGUUGAAGAAGCCAGAGGCCCUUUAUCGAUUUCACGUACAAUUGCGAAGGGAUUCAAUCGUCCAAAUAACCCUAUCAUGUUAUUGUUGCUGGUUAUAUUGGUGACGAUAUUUUGGAAGAUGUAA